CCUCCUUCACCUCGCUGCGGUCUCGCCUCAUCGCAGCUGGAGGAGCGCGUCCCAUCAGCCACUUCAUAUCGCAUUAUGCCACUUGGACAAGCCACCUGUGCCGACGAGGUUCAUGCCUGGCGAAUUGCGCCUCCUCCGGUCCUCCAUCGAGGAGCGCGACAACGACUGGCCACAGCGGGACGCCAUUGUCGAGUGCCAUAGUGCCAUCCCAAUCACCUCUCCCAGGCCGCAUGACCGUCCUGGCCUGUGGUAUUCUAUCGGCACUCCCGACUUCUGCUGCUGGCCGGAGCCAUUGCAUCUUCAGAGAACCAACAGCACCCACCCGAUCCCGCGCCUCCGUCUCUGUCCGCUGGCGCCCAUGAGACGCGCGACUACUACGCUGCGCAGACUGUACCACGACCUCUCUCACCGAACGAACCUUGCCUCACGCCAUCCUCCGUCUUCGAGCGAGACUCUCGCAGAUGUGGGUACACCACUGGAUCAUGCUGCCCUGAUAUGCAGCCCUAGUGGUACCCCUUCCUAGAUGCUGGACGUUGACCCACUGUCAUGAGCUGGUGUCAGCCACACACCUGACCUUGUCUCCUCCAUCGUCGACUGGCGGGGUCCUGCGUCAUCCGUAUGGUUUUGCGUCCAGCAUCUUGGAACUGUGCAUGAAUCUUUCAAAAUGCUCAGAUUGAGAGGCGCUCAGGUCGCCGUGUCCUGCUGCCGUUGCGCAGGCAUGGGCCCAUCAUGCAGCUUCGGCUGGUAUUUGCGCAAAUUGUGCUUCUUCUGUUAGCAUUGUUGCGUCGUGCUCUGCACCUGUGACAUCCAACAGCGGUGCGAAACCCCUCCACUCUUUCCUCGCCAAGGCCGGAACACAGCACAGAAACCCAUGACUGGAUGAACUUGGUUGUUUCUGAUGACUUGGCAGCACGCGCAAAGAGUGGAGGCGCUGCCAUUUCCUUUGGUUAGUCGCCCUCGACGCGCCAUUCCAUCCCGCUCCUCUAUUGUACGCCUGCUGGGUCGUGGAGAUACCAUUGCUCCAGAGCUCACCUCACUGACCUGUGGUACUGACUGCACCCUGCUGUGGCUUGCCCCGGGGAUAGUAGUCAGAUGCAUAGUUCAUUGAGUAUUGAGACGUUGCAAAGAUGCACUCUGUGGCGCAGACCAGGAUACAGUACGAGCCGGACAUAUGUUGCCGUGCUCCAGGCGCAUGGCAUGAGUAGCUCUUCCGAUCCUAGGAGAGGGAGCUUCUCGCGCAUGGCCGCUCACGUUUUGGACCUUUCGUGCUUAUGCAUUUCAAGCAGACUGUGUCCGGAAGCUGAUAACGAGCGUUUUAUGACGAUUUUAAUCGUCAUAUUGAUAGAGAUGAGCUGCUGUGCGGUUGCAUCUGGUAUCCUUUUCCCCAUAGACAGUCUCCUGUCUGGACCUGGGUUGGUUCAUUCUGGUAUUUGUCUUUUUGGGCAUUUUCCCCAGAUAUCUGAUGCUUGUUUGUUUGGGCACAGAAUGAUGAUCAGAACCGGGGUUCGUCUUCCAAGCCAAGUCGCAAGUUGUGGUUGAAUUUCGAGGAGACCAACAAAAACCACUCCUGUAACUGUCACGUGGUUUGACAAUAAUUGAUUACUUUUUCACUCCUCGAUCAUGUAUUCUCUCUCUCUCUCUUUCUCUUCCUCUUUUCGAGCUCUGAGGCGGUCAAGAGUCAGGAAAAUGAGAGUCUCUCCAAUUGCAUGUCUCACUUGUAUAUUCACUGUUGCUGCACGUCCUGCACUGAUACCUACAUGUACCU